CGUAUUGUUUAUUUAAGAAAUGUGUCGAAGGAAUGGAAGGAAGAGAGAUGCAGGCCGUGCAAAAGGAACGAGCGAGGGAUCUCGCGUGCAUGAGAUCCACGUUACAUUGUUGCCCUUUUGACGGCCCUCCACCGAAGGGAAAGGGAAACGCAACAAGACACGACCGUGCAAGCGACAGCGCCUCAAGCAACCGCUCUUUUUCUUCGAUUGGGAAGAAAAAUUCUCGGAGCGAGUCCGAGAAUUUCUUUUUUCCGUGUGUCCUAGAACCGGAUCGACGUCUUCGGCUGAAUCGGUCGAGUGGUUCAAACCCACCGGCUGCAUGCACCGAGGAUCGAGCAGAUGGAGCGUCUUUCGAUUCUCGAUUGGGAAAUCAACACAAGUACGAUCGUUGUCCUUGAUAUAUUCCGUGACACAAAGGCUGCACUCCACUCCACUCCACUCCACCGCCUCCGUACCAAUGCAAUGUAAUGCAAAGCAAAGCAAACUGGUUUAGAACAGUGUGAAGGCUGCUGUGCAGUAAACUU